AUGUCUGGGAUUUCAACUUUCUAUGGUGGCAAGUCCAUUCUCAUCACAGGGGCCACAGGCUUCAUGGGCAAAGUGUUGAUGGAGAAGCUGCUUCGCACCAGCCCCAAUCUGAAAGUCCUUUACAUCCUUGUGAGACCCAAGGCUGGCCAGACCCUGCAGCAGAGAGUUUUCCAGAUCCUAAAUAGUAAGCUGUUUGAAAAAGUCAAAGAAGUUUGCCCCAAUGUGCAUGAGAAGAUCAGGGCCAUUUAUGCAGAUCUCAGUCAGAAUGACUUAGCCAUUAACAAGGAGGACAUGCAGGAGCUUCUGUCCUGUACAAACAUUGUCUUCCACUGUGCAGCAACUGUGCGCUUUGAUGACCAUCUGAGACAUGCCAUGCAACUUAACGUCAUUGCCACCCAGCAGCUCUUGCUUAUGGCCAAUCAGAUGACAAAGCUCGAAGCCUUCAUCUAUAUCUCUACUGCCUUUUCAAAUUGUAACCUGAAGCACAUCGAUGAAGUGAUCUAUCCAUGCCCUGUGGAGCCAAAAAAAAUAAUUGACUCCAUGGAGUGGUUAGACGACUCUAUUAUUGAAGAGAUCACACCCAAGUUGAUCGGGGAUCAACCCAAUACUUACACCUACACCAAGGCCUUGGCAGAGAUGGUGGUGCAACAAGAGAAUGGGAACCUAAACGUGGCCAUCGUAAGGCCCUCCAUUGUGGGACCAACCUGGCAGGAGCCUUUCCCAGGUUGGAUUGAUAACAUAAAUGGACCUACUGGGUUUAUUAUUGCGGCUGGGAAAGGCUUCCUUCGGUCCAUAAGAGGUACCCCCAUGGCUGUAGCCGAUGUAGUUCCUGUUGACACCGUCAUCAAUCUCAUCUUGGCAGUAGGAUGGUACACUGCAGUUCACAGACCUAAAUCUACAUUAAUCUAUCACUGCACAUCUGGUAACAUGAAUCCCUGUAAUUGGGGCAAAAUAGGAUUACAAGUCUUAGCAACCUUCAAAAAAAUUCCAUUUGAAAGACCCUUCAGGAGGCCAAACGUUGAGAUCACAAACAACAGUUUCACAAUCAAAUACUGUAAUGCAGUCAGCCACUGGGCCCCGGCCAUCAUCUAUGACUUCUAUCUGGGGCUCACAGGAAGGAAACCCAGGAUGACAAAGCUCAUGAAUCGGCUUUUAAGAACCAAUUCCAGGAUGGAGUAUUUCCUUAACCGGAGUUGGGAAUGGAGCACAUACAAUACAGAAAUGCUGAUGUUCGCACUUAGUCCUGAAGAUCAGAAAGUAUUCAACUUUGAUAUGCGCCAGUUGAACUGGAUAGACUACAUUGAAAAUUAUGUUUUGGGAAUUAAAAUGUACUUAUUGAAAGAGGACAUGGCUGGGAUCCCAGAAGCAAGGCAACACUUUAAAAGGCUCCGAAAUAUUCACUACCUCUUUAAUACUGCCCUCUUCCUCAUCGUCUGGCGCCUUCUCAUUGCAAGAUCUCAGAUGGCUCGGAAAGUCUGGUUCUUUAUCGUGAGCUUCUGUUAUAAAUUCCUAUCCUACUUUAGGGCAUCCAGCACGCUCAAGGCCUAAAAACAUUCAGCAGUCACGUUUUAUCUGGAAUUUCUCAGAUACCUCUAAAACAGCAAAAUGUGAUUCUCGAGAUUAGGAAGUAACAAGAAACAUGCCCAAACUUAUCACCUGUCAAAUGUGCUGUCAUGUAUUCACCCCGUGUCUUAACUGUACAUUCUUUUUACUUCAGUGAGAGAAGGAAAGUCAUAUCCUAGCCUAUAAUCAUACAUAUUUUAGAAAAAAAUACUUCCAGAUUCCUAACAUUCUAUUCUGUUCUUCCAUACAAAAUACCAAAGUACUCUGACCUUUCUGUAUUUAGUCUUUUUCUCCUUGAAAGAAUUAACUCAACUCAGUAAACAUGGAAAAACACGUGGCAGAAGCUGAAAAAUGCAAAAGAAAGGCAGUACUGACCUUGGAAAUGUUCUGGGAUACCCAGUGGAAAGGUUUAAAAUCAAGAUGAGUAAAGGAAGAAUGGUCUCGACUUCCUCACAAAUGCUGUAAGAGAAAUAAUUCACCACUGAAAAGUCUCUCCUUCCUUUCUGUCUUUACCUUGGAAUCCUGGUUUAGAGUUGGGAGAAUCAGAAAAAUGGGUUCACAUUUAACAUUUUUCUCAGCUAUAAAACAAACCAAAAAACUCAUCGCCAUCAAGUCAAUUCCUACUCAUGGCGACCCCAUGUGCUUAGAGUAGAGGUACACUCCAGGGGGCUUUUUUGACUGUAGUCUUACUGAAACAGAUCACCAGGCCUUUCUUCCAUGGCACCACUGGGUGGAUUCGAACUGCCAACCUUUUGGUCAGUAGCCUAGAGCAAACCAUUUGCACCACCCAAGGAACUUUUCUCAACUAUACCCACUUCUUAAACCUAAAAAAGAAACAAGAGGUGCAAAUAAUUAUGUAUAGAAUGAGGGCUCAAGUAUAUUUGCAUCUGGGACUCUAUUGCACUUUUAAGUAAAAAUCUAUUACCUCAUAUUUUGAGUUUGACAACUAUUAUUUCUAAAUCUUUUAACCACCAACUCCUGAUAACCUUCUCACAAAAGUUUCGUUCUUAUUCCGGAAGGUCCCAAAACCCCUCAUAAUUAAGCUUAUUUCACCUAGUUCUCAAUUAUCGAGGCUACUGUGGGGUUAGGUGUCCUAAGCUAGAAUCACAUAAAAACCUGGUCCCCUGAUCUUUGCCAUUAAAGAAAGCAGAAUUUCAAAUAAAAUUUUAAACUCUACUUUUUUCCAAAAAUGAGGAAGAUAACUCUUCUAUGAUCACCAGAGAAAUUAUUAGUUACCAUCUUAAUCAUUCCAUUUGCACAUUAACUAUAUAAUGUACAGCAGAAAAGAGGGUAGACUUCACUAAGUGACUAAGUUUAGCAAAAAGUUGUUUUGUUUAAAACAUUUUAUGUAUAAUCUAAACAAAUUAGUUUAUAAAAACUAUAUAUAUUCUCAAACUCACACUAUUAAUGUAACUGUUACCCAACUUUACUCAUACUCGAAAGAUGAGUGCAUGCUGGCUUGCAGCAUUCUUCAUGUUGAAACCAUGGGAUGUUAUUCAAAUAUAAUGUGUGGGGCCUAAGCAAUUAAUAGGCAAUGAUCACCACACCACUACUUGAAAAUUACACAGGCAUAAAAUGUUAACAAACAACAGCAGUUAUAUAUAUACUCACUUUUUGGAAUAAUUGGUAAUUGGUACUCAGAAAGACACUUGCAGGUAGUCAAAGUGUCCAAGGUCUCAAGGGCAGUAUCUAGCCCACUACUGAGAUUUUCCUGAACUCCAUGAAAGACAUUUUGAGGGAAUUCCUUUGGGCUCACCAGUGUCUUUCCCAAUCUCAUCUAAGUUCUAGGAAUUACCUUCUAGGGCAGACAACCCAGCUCUGAAACAAAGCAUCCCGUGAUCUUUAAUUCAGAUGACUACCCAAUGCUUUUGAGUUACACCAAUUAAGAUAAAAACUAUUGUUGUUGUUGUUAGUUGCCAUUGAGUAGAUUCCGACUCACGGCAACCGUGAAAAAGGUAUGAAAUCAAAAUAUAGUUCACUGGAAUUGGGUUAAGACAUAGUCGUUUUAAGAACUUACUACCUUUUGAUUACUGUGUGUUUCAGCAAUUCAAAAACUCCAUUGAUCAAGUAUUCUCAUUUUGACUUUUGAUUAAAUAAAAAAUUUGAGUUAAAAAAAAAAAAAACGUUCCCUUGCUAGUGUUGUGUCUUUGUUCAACUGCUAACUACUGCAGCCAAUUCCCCGUCCACGCCCACACCUCAGGAGAAAAGGAAAUCAUCUUUCAAAGAACUCUUUCAGCCAAAUCAAAACACAGGAAUAAUAACGAUUAGAUGAAUAUAAGUCUAACACAUAGGCACAUAAUUGCUUCACUUAUUCUGACACCAUUAAUAGGGUUAGAUUUACAUGCUGAAGCAUGUUCCAUCUGUGACAUCAGAGAAAUGACACAAAUGAAGUUCUUAUGAGGAUCAAGCAGUAAAAGCAGGUAUCUGUAUAAAAGAAAUGCCUAUUAUAAAAUUAUUUCACAUCAAGAUCCAUUAACAAUUAUGUAUCUGCCUAAUAUAUAGAAAGUAAUAGGAAAGAGCCUUCUACUUUUGUAAAGAAGGGGAUGGAAAGGGCAAACAAGCAAACAAAAACACCCAAUGCCAUCGAGUCAAUUCCGACUCAUAGUGACCCCAUAAGACAGAGUAGAACUGCCCCGUAGGGUUUCCGAGGAGCAGCUGGUGGAUUUGAACUUCCGAACCUUUGGUUAGCAGUCAAUCUCUUAACCACUGCACCACCAUGGUUCUGGACAAACAAAAGGUACCUAUAUUUUAAAAGAAAUUUUGGUAAUUCCUAUAUUCUGCACCCAUAGGAUACUUGAUACAAGUAGUACCAAAUAGAGUUGAAGACUGUCAGUGCCUGAGGCAAUUGAUACUAGAAAAAGUUGAAGCAGAUACACAACUCAAAAAAAACAUUUCUCACAAUUUUACACUGACUUGAACACUAUCACCUCCAGUUACACCUCAUUUAAACAACUCAUUUAGAAUCUCAAGGUAAAAAGAUUUGUCCAGUGUGAAGGGACAAAUAUUCAAAUAGUGUGCUAUCCCAUGAUGAACGUAAGAAUGAAAGGAACCAGUUGCCGAGUCUACUCCGACUCAUGAAAGUUGUUGCUAGCUGCCACUGAGUCAAUUCAGACAUAGACCAGGCUGAAGUUUUCAAAAACAUCAAUAAUUUUCAAAGUCUAUUGUAAUUAUACCUGAAUUCCCACAUGGCUACUUUUCUAGAACUGCUAUCCUAACUAUUAUAUCCGGGAACAUGAACAACUGCCUAUAGUAAGUAGUAGUUGUCCCUUUUGCCCACAUAAACCAAAAUCAGACCCACUGCCAUCAAGUCAACUUUGACUUAUGGCAACCUCGUGUGUUACAGAGCAGAACUGCUCCUUAAGGUUUACUGUAGCUGUGUUUAUGCCAGGAUU